AUGGCGUUCGUCGUCCCGAUCGAUCACUUCGCCGCGUACGCGCCCGUGGACGCCGAGUUCGUCGUCCAGGGCGCGGCGUCGAGCGAUUCUUUAAAUCACGAGCGAUUGCGAGCGCUCAACGUCGCUCGACGGGCGUGCGCGACGAGCGACGCCGGUGACCCGGACGGGGCGCUGCGAGCGUACGCGCGAUACGCGCAAGUCGCGAGCGAGGCGUCGGAAGCGCUGGAGGAGGCGGAGGCGGACGCACACGAGGCGGAGGCGAGCGCGCCGAGGUGGACGUCGACGCUGGAGGAUGGGACUCGGAAAGUGGUCUCGAGCACCGGCUUGUACGGCGAGAAGUGCAUGGCGAUCUUCGGCGUCGGGGCGUGUCAUCGUCGGUCGUGCGCGUACGCACUGAGCGAGCGAGCGAACGCGGAUGGGGAGUUGGGGGAAGCCGCGGCGGAGCGGGCGGCGACAGAGGCGAGACGAGCCGCGGGCGCGUUCGAAUACUUGUCGACGAAAGCUUUGCCGCCGCUGCGAGGACAGUUGAGCGCGGACUUGAGAGCGAAUGAGCUCACGGCGUCGAUGGCGGAUGCUUUUCGUUUGAUGUCGCUCGGUGACGCGCAGUCAACGGCGGCGCGGCGAGCGCGUGAGCGCGGAGUCAGUUGGAAUUUGCGCGCGCGCUUGCACGUCGCGGCGAGCGCAUUUUAUCGCGAUGCCGACGCGGUGUUACAGAAUAAUCGAUGCGACUGGAACGGAGUGGAUAUUCGCGUCCUCGCGAGCGUGCUCUUCAUGCGACGCGCGCACGAAGCGGAGGCGUAUCUUGCGCACGGCGAGAGGCUCAGAGAACGCGAGCACUGCGGAGAAGCCAUCGCCGCAUGCAAGUGCGCUGAGGAAGCGUUGAAGGUGUGCUUCCGAGCUUCGAGAGAGUACAGCAUGUGGGCGAGGUACCACGAUGACAUCUCCGCGAGGCAUCAAACACUAGCAAAGACGGUGACGGAUGAGAACUCCGUCAUCUUCUUUCAAAAGGUGCCGCCGACCACCACACUCCCCGAGCCCGCGGUCGUCGCGAAGGCGAUCGAUUUUGAGUCGAGCGACGCGGUCAAGUUUUCGUUUUUCACGAAUUAG